CGGGCGGCGGCGUCGGGCCGGGGCGGAAGCGGCGCUGCUCGGCGGCCCGUCGGCGCGCUUCCGGUGCCAUGGCGGAGGAGUGGCUGGGCGUGGAGGCGGCGGGCAGCGGCGGCGAGGAGGAGGGCCCGGAGGAUGGCGACCGGCGGCACCGGCAGCUCCUGGAGGCGGUCAGCGCCCUGUCCGGGCGGAAGCGGCGGAGGCUGGCGGAGCGCUCCGAGGCCAGCGCGCAGGUGUCCGAGUUCAACGUCAGCUGUAAAGGUGCCGGGGAGAAGCUGGUCCUGUCGGAGCUCCUGCAGCCCAUCCGUGCCCAGUCCGCCCUGAGCAGCGUGAAGAAGGAGCUGAGCAGAGCGAAGCAGAAGAAGGCCGUGGAGCUGCCCCUCAGCAAGGAGGAGCGGGAGAGGGUCGUGAGGGAGGCUGCCUACGUCAAGACCUCCAAAGACGUUGGCAAAUGGCAGCCGGUGGUCCUGCAGAACCGUCGAGCGGAGCAGUUGGUUUUCCCUCUGAAGCAGGAGCUCGUGGCGGUUGCCCCCCUGGAGCAAGUGGUUUCGGCAUGGAAGCCACGAACUCCCCUGGAGCAGGAGAUCUUCGGACUGCUCCACAAAACACAGCAGCCCAUCACAGACCCGCUGCUGACGCCGCAGGAGAAAGCCUCGCUGCAGGCAAUGAGCCUGGAGGAGGUGGGUGAUUCUUUUUUUUUUUCACUCCUGUGCUGGCCGUGGUGGCCUCUUCCUUUGCGCUUGCCCUUACGCUGCGCUCCCUGGCAGGCCCGGCGGCGGCGAGCAGAGCUGCAGAAGGCUCGGGUCCUGCAGUCCUACUACGAAGCCAAGGCUCGGCGAGAGAAGAAGAUCAAGAGCAAGAAGUACCACCGCGUGCUGAAGAAAAGCAAGAGGCGCAAGGCCCUGAAGGAGUUUGAGCUGCUGCAGAAGUCGGACCCUGAGGCCGCCUUGGCAAAGCUGGAGGAGCUGGAGCAGCUCCGGAUGGAGGAGCGGAUGAGUCUCAAGCACCAGAACAAGGGGAAAUGGGCCCGCUCCAGGGCCAUUAUGGCCAAGUACGACCUGGAGGCCCGCAAGGCCAUGCAGGAGCAGCUGGCCAGGAACAAGGAGCUGAUGCAGAAGGUGCGGGUGGAGCUGCCCGAGGAGGAGCCAGGUGAUGUGCCUGAGGAGGACCUCACGUCUGUGACCGUCCCUGUGGGUGCCAGCAGAGCAAAUCCCUGGAUGCUGGGCAAGCCCAGUGACCCAGCCAAGGAACCUGAGGUGCGAGAGGGUCUUGAAGACGCUGCAGUGCCUGGUGCUGUAGAGAGCAAGGAGGAGAUGUCGGAGGAGGAGGUGUCGGAGGAGGAGGCCCUGCUACAAGACUUUGAGCAGAAACGGCACGCGCGGCAGCGGCGGGCAGGGAGCCCUGAGCAGCACGGCACUGGUGAGACGGAGGCAGUUUCUGACCCUCCGGGGGACAGCUCCGUGCACCCCAUCUGUGACGAGGAGCAGGUGAGUGCAGGGAUCGAGCCGCCUCCCCAGGCCCAGGAGGAGACCCUGCUGUCAGAGCAGCUGGACCGCGUGCAGACGAUGGAGGACGUCGAGGCUCUGGCCUCCAAGGAGCCCUUGGAGGAGCAGGAGAAGCCAGCGGCUGCAGGAGCAGAAGAGCGAGCACACCAGCAGGACAAAGGCAGAGCUGGGGCCCGGCCUGCCAAGAAACCGACGGCCAAGAAGAAAAUGAUUAGCCUGCAGUCCGUGCUGUCUGGAAAGCCCCAGGAGAUUCAGUGCCCCAGCCUACCCGUGGUCAUGGAGGAGGAGGAGGGUGGCAUCGACCAGCGGGGGGUGAUCACCGAGGCCUUUGCCGGGGACGACGUAGUUGCCGACUUCCACCGGGAGAAGAGCAAGGCGGAGCGGGACGCGAAGCCCCAGCCGGUGAACUUGGUGCUGCCGGGCUGGGGCGAGUGGGGAGGCACCGGGCUGAAGCCCAGCGCCAAGAAAAUAAAACGGUUCCUGAUCAAGCCCCCCCCAGCACCUCCCAGGAAGGACCAGCACUUGCCCCACGUCAUCAUGAGCGAGCAGCGCAACAUCCAUGCGGCGGCACAUCAGGUCAGCGAGCUGCCCUUCCCCUUCGUGAGGCACCAGCAGUUCGAGCAGAGCAUCCGGACGCCCGUGGGCUCCACGUGGAACACACAGCGUGCUUUCCAGAAGCUGACCGCCCCCCGCGUCAUCACCCGGGCAGGCCACAUCAUCCAGCCCCUCUCUGCUGAGGACGUCACCUCAGCUGGCAGCGGAGCCAAACCAGUGCUAGAAAUCGCUCCCGAGCAGCGAGGGCAGUCCUCUGGCCGCCCGCACAAGAGAGCGCGAUAGCUCCCUAGGGCUAGGACUGGCCCGCGCAGUGCUGGGGAGCAGGUGGAGGGGCCGUGCCCGGGGGCUUCCCUCCCAGGGAGAGGCUCCUGGUUCUGUCAAGGGCUUUUUAAUGCUCCUUCCGCAAUAAAACUGCUGGGCUGCCGUGGCUGCGCAGGCUGCGUGGCCGCCCUGGGGACAG